UUUCGACCUUUUUAGGAUAAAUAUAAUUGGUUCUUUCUGUUUUAAAUCGAGAAGCACUUGGUUUGCAAAUACGAUAAUGGCUCGGCUAUAAAAUGAGAUGUUCACGCUGCACCCAGACCUGCAAUUACAAUGCCUCCUGUAUACUUAACCUUUUUACUCCCUCAAGAAAGUCUCUCUAUUUUGCAGCAAUGGUGAACCUAACGAUUGUUACGUCAAACCCUGUUGACGUCACUAGAGACUCGACUGACAAUGAAAUACAAGGUCGUCACGUGGUCACAACAAACAGCCCCAUUGGCUCUGUGCCAGGUGUGACCGACAGUCACUUCCAGGAGCUCUCCAACGCUUUGCAGCUUGCACAGAACGUAGUCAGGUAUUUGUGCUUUGCUUUCAGCAUCGUCAAAAUCGCCGCCUUCGCACGAAAAUCUAUGCGCGACAAUGCCAGUGGGAAAUUCCUGUUAACCAUGAAUAUCUCGCAAUGUAUUCGCUUGUCAUUCACAAUCCUUCAUAGUAUCGUCAAUCUCUUAAUGACGGAUCCUGAACGAUUGUAUAUUUAUUACCUUUUCGUUUUGUAUGGCCCAACCAACCUCAGCAAUAUUAUCUACAGGGCAUGUCUAUUUAUAGCCUGUCUCAUGAGCUCAGAGAGACUUUACGCCGUCACCCGUCCGCUGCACAUCAAACAGUUCAUUCUCGCCCGCCGUCCUCUUCUCUUUAUCGCCGCCACCUUCCUGCUCACCGGUUGUUAUCAUAUUUAUUUUUCUCUUCAGUACACAUUUUAUUUGUCGCCAGGAAUAAAUGGAACGAAAAUCGUUGUGUUAGGUUACACGGACUGGUACUUUCGUAACAGAGACAUCGUCGAUGGAUUUAGUUCCGCUGGCAAAUUUAUUUUUAUCUUCGUGCCCCUCGUCUGGAUCAGCGUUUUCAACGUUCUCGUCGUCCACUUCUUGCGACGUCACAGAGACGACCGUAAGGCCAUUAAGAGUACCGCCGACGUGGAGACCACUUCGAGACGAGACCGUCAGAUGACUUUGACCAUCCUGGCAUGCACGGCAGGGUACGUCAUAUUUAUAGUUCCGGGUGCCAUCCACUUCCUGGCUCUUGCCGUCGUUCCAGAGUACAACUACACUGGCAAGGGAGCAAAGUUAGUUCAGUUGAUGGACAGAGCGCAAGACAUCUGCCUGCAGGUCAGCUACAUGAGCGAUUUCUUGAGUUUCUUGUUGUUAAGUAAGGCCUUCAGGGACAGUCUCGUGAGUUUGUUUAUUUGCAAGAAGGUGCAUAGAGGUAAGGAACGUACCCGAAGCUCUGAACACACGUCAGAUAUGACAUCAUUAUCUUCAUGA